GGCGCAAAGAUGCUUAGGCUGGGCUACGCCAAGCCUGGAUCCUGGGCCAGCUUCUGGGCCAUCCUGACUUUGGUGGGCCUGGCCACUCAUGCAGCCCACAAAGCUGAUGUCGGCGGGGAGUCAACAGGCACCUCCAUCAACCACUCCCAGAUGCUGCUCCAACGCCUGCAGGAGCUGCUGCGGCAGGGCAAUGCCAGCGACGUGGUCCUGCGGGUGCAGGUGGCAGGCACCGACGAGGUCCGAGUCUUCCAUGCCCACCGCUUGCUCCUGGGGCUGCACAGUGAGCUGUUCCGGGAGCUGUUGAGUAACCAGAGCGAGGUGGUGCUGCAGGAGCCCAGGGACUGUGCUGCUGUCUUUGACAAGUUCAUCAGGUACCUCUACUGCGGCGAACUGACCAUGCUGCUGGUGCAGGCCAUUCCGCUGCACAGGCUGGCCACCAAGUACGGUGUGGCCUCCCUGCAGCGCGGCGUGGCCGACUACAUGCGCGCACACCUGGCGGGCGGCGUGGGCCCGGCGGUGGGCUGGUACCACUACGCGGUGAGCACCGGGGACGAGGCCCUGCGCCAGAGCUGCCUGCAGUUCCUGGCCUGGAACUUGUCGGCCGUGGCCGGGAGCGCCGAGUGGGGGGCCGUGAGCCCGGAAUUGCUGGCUCAGCUGCUGCCGCGUUCGGACCUGGUGCUGCAGGACGAGCUGGAGCUGUUCCACGCGCUGGAGGCGUGGCUGGGCCGCGCGCGGCCGCCGCCCGCCGUGGCCGAGCGGGCGCUGCGCUCCAUCCGCUACCCCAUGAUCCCGCCGGCCCAGCUGUUCCAGCUGCAGGCGCGCUCGGCCGCCCUGGCGCGACACGGCCCGGCGGUGGCCGACCUCCUGCUGCAGGCCUACCAGUUCCACGCUGCCUCGCCGCUGCACUACGCCAAGUUCUUCGACGUCAACGGCAGCGCCUUUCUGCCCCGCAACUACCUCGCGCCCGCCUGGGGCGCCCCGUGGGUCAUCAACAACCCGGCCCGCGACGACCGCAGCACCAGCUUCCAGACCCAGCUGGGCCCGAGCGGCCACGACUCUGGCCGCCGGGUCACGUGGAACGUGCUCUUCUCUCCGCGCUGGCUGCCCGUCAGCCUGCGGCCCGUCUACGCGGACGCCGCGGGCACUGCGCUGCCCCUGGCGCGCCCAGAGGACGGCCGGCCGCGGCUCGUGGUCACACCCGCCAGUAGCGGCGGCGACGCGGCGGGCGUGAGCUUCCAGAAGACGGUGCUGGUGGGGGCGCGCCAGCACGGCCGCCUGCUGGUGCGCCACGCGUACAGCUUCCACCAGAGCAGCGAGGAGGCCGGCGACUUCCUGGCGCACGCCGACCUGCAGCGGCGCAACUCGGAGUACCUGGUGGAGAACGCCCUGCACCUCCACCUCAUCGUCAAGCCCGUCUACCACACCCUCAUCCGGACCCCCAAGUAGCCAAGCCGGGCCAGCGCGGGGAGCUCGGUGCCCCUUGACACCUCUGGAUCAGGAAAUCAAGGCCCAGCAGAGACGGACCAGAGGGACUGGCGGUGGCAUGGCCAGUGGAGGUGCCUACCCUUGCCCCCUGGGUGGCCAGGCGCAGGCGGCCUUGGAGCUGGGUGGAAUCCACGCGAGGGGUGGUAGACCAGAUGCCUGGUUUCAGGAGCCGAUUUCAGGCUGACUUGAGGGUAACGCUCUUGGUAGAAUAAACUGAUGCUCAAAGAGGCGAGGGGAUGAUGAAACCACCCAGUUACUGGGUCCAAACAGUCCAAGGGGGGUCCCAUAGGUCAGGGGUUUCCCAUCUUUUGUUAGCUUUUCCUGAGACCCCCUUCCUCCCCGCCCCGCCUCCAAGCACAGGGAACACAGCAGGUAAGAGCCUCCAGAUGGUCAGGGCACUAGGUACCCCUGCGGGAGCUUUCUCACCUGGAAGCUGAGGGACUUAGCAGAACCAUUUCUGAGUCCUGACUUCCUGGGGGCAACACCUCAUUUGAAUUGUGGACCACAGCAAGUCUCUGACCUUUCCUGGGAGGGGGCCUGGGCAGGU